AUGGCCAAAGAUCAAAACCGAAGACCACUUAAGGAAUUCGCUCAGCUUUCUAAUGAAGAACCCAGAUCUAGUAUAGUAAACCCUACUAUUCCUACUAAUAAUUUUGAAUUAAAACCCUUUUUAUUACAACUAGUACAACAAAACCAAUAUGCGGGUCUCGCUACAGAGAACCCAAAUCAGCAUUUAAAAGUUUUUAUCCAAUUAACUGAUACAUUCAAGACCAAUGGUGCUUCGCCUGAGGGUGAAUCACUUUUUGAAGCUUGGGAAAGAUAUAAAGAACUACUAAGAGCUUGUCCAUACCAUGGCCUAGAACAAUGGUUGAUUAUUCACACCUUUUAUAAUGGACUUCACUAUAACACAAAGAUGUCCAUCGACGUUGCCGCUGGUGGUGCUCUGUUGAACAAACCUUAUCCCGACGCUUGCGCUCUCAUUGAAGAUAUGGCACAAAACCAUUACCAAUGGGACUCGGAACAAGCAUCAGUGAAGAAAAGAGAGACCAAAGGAGGAAUACAUGAGGUAAUAUGUAUGGACAUGAUGAAAACUAAGAUGGACGCUUUAGCUCUGAAGGUUGAACACAUGUCUGCAAAUCACACGGCUGCAAUAGCUGUAGAUUAUGAAAUUUAUGGAACCAAAGGACAUCUUGCACCAGAAUACAAUCUGUUAACUGAAUCAAACUCAAACCAGGUCAAUUAUGCCCAAGGAAACCCGUUUUCGAACACUUACAACCUUGGAUGGAGGAAUCACCCAAACUUAUCUUAUAAAAAUAAUAACCCUAUUCAAAGCUCUACACCUCAAAGACCACCAGGUUUUCAAGCUCAAAAACCAAUCCUCCCUAUGUAG